CGUUUGAUUUCUGCUCGUCGACGACAACGAAAAUCUCGUUUGUCUACUCUAUAAAGCUUAUAGGGACUGAAAACUGACUAUCGGCGUCUUGAGACGCGUAUAUGGCCAAUAUCGACAACUCAAACACGGGGCUAACUGAAAGUCAUGCAGAAGAGGAACCUAUUAAUGCGUCGCUGAGUUCAUCCAAUGUAUCUGAAGAACACUCUGUAGUCGCAGCUUGUGCUCUCAAGACUUCAAGUUCACCUCCAUUGAUCUCACCUACGAACUCAUCAACUCAAUCUCGCAUUCAAUUGGCUCUUCCUGCUUCAGAUUCAUCAUUUGCUGCCCCACAUCCAAAGAAAUUUACUUCUGUCAACAUCAACAAGAAGUUCCUACAGAAGAACUCAUCCUCUUCAGGGUCUGCCACCACGUCAUCGAACCACGUACCUGUCGUCAAGUCUGGCAGUCCAGCUCCUGUUCGACCUGUAGCUCCACCAAUAAGCACGCAUUCGCGACUCGUGACCACCAAGCUCACAGCAGCGCCUGUUUUAUCAACCACAACUGGUCCAGGUUGGUCGCGUCCACCAUCUGCGGCACCUCCAGUCUCUUCAACACCAUCAACUUCAUCCAAUGGACCCCCUCCACAGCCCCUUCUGCAUACCGCUGCACCAGCGCCCGUUUCCGUCCCAGCUGCCCCGCAGCUCCCUGUCGCUGGCAAAGUCAUUCAGCCACAACCACGAGCUAUCGCAUCGACUUCAUCCGCAACGGGGAAGAAGGAUACUACGUCCAAACCGGCCUGGGGACAUCCGAAAGUUGUGGUACCAGUCCUGUUCCCGGAUAGUACAGGUCCCUCAGACUUUCCUACGGCUGCCGAAGUUGCUCACGGCCGACCAUCACCCAAGGUCCCUGAAUCACAGAAGCCCUCUGAUGCUCCUCAUUCAAAAAGUGUGACGCUUGAAGAAGCUGAUGCAUUUCGAGGUGUUCACCUUGACCCAAACGCCCACCACUGGGAUGAGAUGGAAGAGGAUGAUGACCAUUUUUUGGACGGAGUCAUUGAAUUUGGCGACGGAAGACAGUACAAGAUAUCACCAGCUGAAGCUAGUGCGCAAAGUGUACCAUCACCCGACCCAGCUACGGAUACUGUCGAGCCUCACCCAGAGAUUGUUGAUGGCGGCAGAGCACCUGUUAGUAAAGAGGAUCGUUUUGCAGACGACUUUGACCGGAGAUGGCCACGAUCAAGACCCUCUCCAUCUUUCGUGCACAAGGAUCUACCACGUGCUCCUCGACAUCCGUCAAUCUCCCCUGCAUCUUCGCAUCCCAGCUACUCGCCUUCGGAAGGUCCAAGAGUUCUUUUCAAUGAACGCUCAAACAGACUCGAACCAUACAGUUCUCACCCAAACAUCCGACAUUUCCCUGGGGCUCCAAUGUCUAGGAAAGGCUCUCAUAUAGAGCAUAUUCCACCUCCAGUGGACAUGCGUAGUGGACGAGAUGGACCAAUGCGGUCGCCUGUACAACCAGUGCAAUUACUCCAAAAACCUGCGGGUGGCUAUGAUCGCUCAUCGCGCACAUCGAGAAACGGUCCUGGCCCCCACGCUCCUUUCGGCAGGAUUCGUGAUGGUUUACCCUCUCCCUCAAUGAAUGGGCCGCCAAACUGGGAUGGGCUUCCGUCCGUUUCUCCUAUUGAGAAGCAUGAAAUCAUGUUUGAUAGCAGAGGUCGUCGUUUGUCGAACAUGGGCCCUCCACCAUUACCGUCGAAGCGUGAUGCCAAUCGGCAGCUUCCACCUCAUAUUUCAACUGGCCCGCCUGGAAAGCUUUUUGCGAGAGAUCCACAUCAACCUCUGUCUGCUUCUCAACAACAUCUUGAUUCGCCCACUACAACUCAUGGUGGUAGCGUCGUUGGUCAGUCACCCUUAUUGUCCACCAUCUCGGUGACUUCCGAGACCCCCGCCCCAUUCGCAACUCCUACGCUGAGCAUCGAAGACGUUCACAAGACGGCCAUGCAUAUCUCAGCUGAGCGCGCAAAACAACGACGACAGGCGGAAGAAGAGGAGCGGGAGAAAGAGAAAGAACGCGCCCGGCAGAAGGCAGCUGCAUUGGAGGAGGAAUUCAAGGCAAACGAAGAGAAGAAGAAUGCUCAAGAAGCGGAAGCCGUGAAACUAAUACAGGAGGUUGCGGAAGCAGCCAAAUCUCCUUCCCAGCAAGCGCUACAACUUGGUGCCACGGUACAACGUCCAAUGCCUGUCAAGCCGAUAGGGCGACCGCCAUCUCUAAGAGCAUCUGUCAGACCGCCGGUGCUUCCGAGGCCGAUUGUGCCUCCUAAUGCAGAGCAAUCGCACGAUCCCUCAAAAACGGAUUCCUGGAGAAGCAAAGCUCCACCUCCAUCGUCGCCGCCAGCGCCUCGAGAAACACCUGUGCCUGCGCCGCUGCUCCGAGUAGAAGAGUUUAUUACCGUUUCUGCAGAUGAGGAUCUCGAGGUGGUGGACUUUUCUGAUAUGGGUAAAUUAGUUGGUGCUCCAGCGGCCCCACAAUCCGAGGCUCCAUACAAAGGCAAUGAAAGACCGCCCCGCCCUCCUCGGCCUGUCGCAAGUGACUUCUUUGAAGACUCAGAGCCUCAGACACUUCCUCCUCGCCCAAAGUCUCCAGGCGUGUGGCGUCGCAAAACUCCCAUUGAGGUUGUCCGCGAAGCUUUAGCUCCAUCCUCGUCGACGAACCAAGAAGUUGCAAAGGAGACUGGGGGUAAACCGUUGCAGGAUGCUCCGGUGAGCCUUCCAAGUCCGGAAUUGCUACGGGAGGCAGUGGCACAUAUAUCGCCUUCGAAGAGUUCCUCUAUCGCGGAUGGCUCAACGUCAUAUUCGUCUAACCACACGACGUUGCCCACAUCUCCACAACGCCUAACUCGACCGACCUACCGUGAGGCGCCGAUGUCUGCUCUCGAUGAUGUGAUGUCUCGCAUCAGGGGAGCCUUGGAUGGCAUGAAAGAGACAGAAUCUGCAAAACAGUCCAUCAAGGAGACAGCAGAUGCACCGCCCGAACCAGAUGUCACUCCAUCUCAGGGCAAUGCUAAUGGUCGGGGUUAUUCAGGUGGGCCUAAAUGGCUUCCUCCUGCACUGCGGCCACGUCGUGUCGAAUUUGGGGAAGAGCACGAAGUCUUCGAUGUCACUGGCUGUGAACCACCACGUUCGCCUCGACUGACCGUUGUGGUCCGCCUCCCCAGCCAAUCGCGUCCUUUGGAUCCCAUUCCUAAGCGGCAAGCUCAUUUUUUGAAGAAUGCGCGUUCGCAAGUUCGAUGGGAUAUAAUGUCUUGGGAUCCACCGGUCGAUGGCAUGACCAAGAAAGACUUCUCCUUGAAUGACGUGCUCCACAAGAGCUAUUCGUCUCCCAGGGGCAAACCUAGGUUUCGCGUCCUCCUUCCUCGAGCGCGAUAUAACCAUUCGUCUUUCGCCAUUCCGUCAGGACCCAAGGUCAAUCUUCCUGUUGGAUCAAUAAAGCCGGGUUCGUCAUAUGGGCGAUCGAAGGUCGAUGACCUUCCGUCCUGGAGGAGGGUUGCCGUCUGUCCAUCUAUUCCAGAAGUCAGCCCAGAUAGCGCCAACGCAGGUGCCCUUGACACGAUCAGUUGCUCGCCACCUCCUAACCCACCAGAACUUGCUCCCGCUGCCCAAAGUGUCUUACCAUACGUCAAUAAAUCGGAAGCGGUUGUGCAACGUCCCAGAGCUCAACCAAAGAUGCCGGUGGGUUCUGCGGUAGCAUUUUAUCGCGAUAUCCCUUCCGACACAGCUAGUCAAGAGUUAAAGAAGCACUCGAUGUCCUUCACUGUCUUCAGCGAGCUGGACGAAAUACCGGCAUCUCCACAAAGUGAUCCGCCAAGCGCUCUAUUCUCUUCGGCUGUAGACUCUUCUGACAAAAGUUUUCAUACUAUGGAGACGGUUACAAUCAGUCGCGUUGUGAAUGGUCUUGGAAAAGAAACAAGCCCCCCAAAACUUGCUGUUUCGACACAGCUGGACUCUAAGAGCUCGGAUGAAUCGGUUGACAGAAAUCUCAUCACUCCUGGAUCUGCAUCGUACAGCACACCAUGGACAAAAUCUCCUUUAAGCUUUUCAUCUGCAAAGGAAUCUCCGGCGAGAGCACCAGAUCCCGAGCAUCUAAAAGCUGUAUGGUCGCAGCCCUCUGACAAGACUCUAGUACACGCAGUAAACUCCCUCGAAGGCAUUGCGGAUGAUCUCACUGCUCUACCGUUCACAUUGCAAGAUGUCAAGUCUGAAGAUGGCGAAACUCCCCCUCCUACUUCAGUAGCAAACGUUCCAUCCAAGAUGUCACUCCAUGAUGUCACGCGUGCAUUCCAGCAAGUACCCACUUCAUCAAAUUCUGCUACGAGGAGCAGUAGUACGUUACCAUCCUCAUCUGCAGCCGGGCCCAUCAGCCGUCCUUCCAAUUAUACAUAUAGUCCUGUCCAUCCAUCAAGCAUGAAUGUUCGGCCCCCUUUUCCCUACUCGCCGAUGAUGGCCCACCCACCUAGUCCCACACCACUCGUGUACCCACCGCCAAGUCCUGCUCCGCGCGGGCCCAAUGGACAUUCACCCAUGUUCGGUGGCGGCCAGCCAAUAUGGGUGCCUCUCCCAUCUCAAAGCCACUCUGGUGCAGUGAGGCCGGUAACUUCGCCAUACCCUACACAGCUGAUGGCAUACCCCUCCCCAAAUGGGGUUCCGUCGAUGUAUGGGCCUCCGCCUAUGCCACACGGGUCGCAGUCACCACCACAGAUAAACGGAGCUGCCCAACCCCGCCCUCGCAAUAUGCCAGUGAUGAGUCCUGUAUUGCAUGCAGCGACUCCUUCGCAUGCGAAUCAUUCAAUGUAUGCUGGGAGUCCUGUGAUAAUGCACGCACUUCCUAUGAUGGCUGGUCCACAACCGUACAUGACCGUUACUGGCCGUGGACAAGGGCGCCCCGAUGGUAUGCCUGGGAUGUCGCCGAUGCAGCAAACACACUCCGCUCCUCAACCUUCGCACGCUAUGUAUAGUCCUGCACAACCUCUACCAUAUGGACGACCGUCGUGGUGAUACGUGUAAUGCUACCUGACGAUAUAUUGAUGUUUCUCUGAC